CUCCGGCGCGCGGCGCGGCGCGGGGGCUGCCGGGAAGGGCCGGCGGCGGCGGCGGGGCGGCGAUGGCGGCGGCGCGCGGCCGGGGCGGCCCCCCGCGGCGGCGGCGGCGGCGGAGGAGGCUGUGAGCGGCGGCGGCGAUGCGCGGCGCUCCCGGGCGGCCCCGCGACGAUGGAGGACCGGUCGCACAAGGUGCUGCUGGCGCUGGUGAUGCUGUUCCUCUUCGCGGUGAUCGUGCUGCAGUACGUGUGCCCGGGCACCGAGUGCCAGCUGCUGCGGCUCCGCGCCCUCAGCCCCGCCGCCGCCGCCGACCCCUACCGCGCCGAGGACGAGACGCCGGCGCGCUUCGUGCCGCGCUUCAAUUUCUCCGCGGGCGACCUGCUGCGGCGGGUGGACUUCAACAUCAAGGGCGACGACCUGAUCGUCUUCCUGCACAUCCAGAAGACGGGCGGCACCACCUUCGGCCGCCACCUGGUCCGCAACAUCCAGCUGGAGCAGCCGUGCGAGUGCCGCGCCGGGCAGAAGAAGUGCACCUGCCACCGGCCCGGCAAGCGCGAGACCUGGCUCUUCUCCCGCUUCUCCACCGGCUGGAGCUGCGGGCUGCACGCCGACUGGACCGAGCUCACCAACUGCGUGCCCGCCGUGGUGGACAGCAAGAAGGAGGUGCGCCUCCGGCCCUCCAGGAACUUCUACUACAUCACCAUCCUGCGUGACCCCGUGUCCCGCUACCUGAGCGAAUGGCGGCACGUGCAGCGCGGGGCCACGUGGAAAGCGUCCCUGCACGUCUGCGACGGCAGGUCUCCCACCACCGAGGAGCUCCCCAGCUGCUACACGGGGGACGACUGGUCGGGCUGCUCCCUCAAGGAGUUCAUGGAUUGCCCUUACAACCUCGCCAACAACCGCCAGGUCCGCAUGCUCUCCGACCUCAGCCUGGUGGGAUGCUACAACCUGUCCGUCAUGCCGGAGGAGCAGAGAAACAAGGUUCUGCUGGACAGCGCGAAGGAGAACCUGAAACGUAUGGCUUUCUUCGGCCUGACCGAGUUUCAGAGGAAGACUCAGUAUCUCUUUGAAAAAACUUUUAACAUGAAUUUCAUCUCGCCAUUCACGCAGUACAAUAGCACAAGGGCCUCCAGCGUGGAGAUAGACGGGCAGACUCAGCAGCGCAUCGAGGCCCUCAAUUUUUUAGACAUGGAAUUGUACAAUUAUGCAAAAGACCUGUUUUUGCAGAGGUACCAGUACAUGCGGCAGAAGGAGCACCAGGAAGCGCGGCGGAAACGCCAGGAGCAGCGCAAGAUCCUGCGGGCCAAGCAGGCCCACCGGAGAGAGCAGGGCGAGAACAGCUCCGCCACCGACUACAUCGGGAACGUGGAGCGGUGGCGGCGGUAGUGGGGGCUGAACGCUUCCCGGGAGACUCCGGACACCGAGAGCCAAGCAAGCCCCGACCCAGCGCGCGAAUCCGAGACGGCAGAGUAGUCCAAACGAAUCAUGCUUCUGAAAUCCUUGGAGCAAAAAGAGGUUAAAAUGUUGCCUUUGCAGUUGCCUUUGCAGUAAAUGUUGUACUGUACGUGGAACACUUAAUCUUAGCGUGUAAUUAAAUUGUCCUUUUUAGGUUGGUUGGAUUAUUUAUGAAAUGCAGGAGCCAAGUAGGCUCAUCGGAAAUGGUUGCUUGGACGUUUAUUAAAAAAAAAAAAUCCUUAAAUUAGUUACGAGUACAAAAUGGGAUGCUGGAAAAUGUUUAUGAUGCUCUGCUGAAAUCUAUCUGGGAAGCAAACUCAUUUCCUAAUAAUGAGCAUUUAACAUACUCUCACAAUACAGUAUAUGCGCAAAACCUUUUCCCUUUGAUUUUGUCUUAAUUUUAUUUUAAUAAUGUGUUUUCAGAGGGCACCAACUGCUUAUGAUAUUUACCAAGUUAACGAAUGGACAAUGAAGGGAAAAAUAAAGGUCUAGAAAAAAUAUCGACUAGUUUUAUGUAUAAUAUUGGCUUUUAAAAGGAAUAGAAGUAAUUUGUCUAGUUAUAUAAAUAUUUAAAAUUUUAAACUUUUUCUACCUACUGCUGUUUAGAGUUUUAAGCUUGAUCUAUCUCAUAUUGAAAAAAAAACCACGCAUACUUUUCUGAACUGAAUGCCAAUGUUAAAGAAGCUAUUUCCAGAAUUUUUCAGGGCAGUAUAAUUUUAACCAUUCUGGAAAAGUUACAGCACAUCUUCAUGUUUCAUAAAGCCUUUUCCAAAUUGUGCUCCUAUGACAGUAUCUGAUUUUACAUCUUUCUUACCCAUUAGAAUGCAUAAUGCUGAAUUUAUCAAUCCUUAAUAAUUGGUAAUAUAAACUAGAUGAAAUCUGUUGCGGAUAUUUGUAUAGUGUCUUUAAAAAGUCAUAAAACUCUCUAAUCCCAGCAAUAUUAUGAAGAGAAUUACUCAACCGAAGGCAAGGUAGAUUUACACUUGAGUUAUGAUUUACUCGCAGUAAAUCUUUAGUACACAAUACAAAAAUAGGGCUUUUUUGCUCCGCUCUUGAGCCCUUAGUGCUGAGAGAUUAGCGGCGAUUUAAAAGCGAUGGAAAUGAUUACCAUAGCCAUAGUUAUCCAGCGGGAGAGUGUUGCAUGGGGAAAGGGGACGUUGCUGCGGAGCAGGGAUCGCUGGAGCUGCGUGCACGGAGCGCGGCGGCCGCCCGACUGCUCCCGGCGGCGACAGGGCGGGCGGUGCGAGGGGGACGCCUGAAUCUCUAUGCAAAAAACCUCUGCGAGACUUGGGUUACGAGUUCGGCAAGGCGAGGAGUUUGCUGCAGCCCGAGCGCGCUCAAGCGUUGCUCAAGCAGCGAUCUGGGCCACGGCGGCACACGCGAUGCUUGCGGGGCUCACUUGCACUAUUUCCUUUUUGCCUGUAAUAUUAUACACACAAAGAAGGCAGAGGGCAUAAAAUGAGGAAGAAGGCUUUAAAACGUGCAUCUUAGCAGCUCCACGCCGAAGUUACCUAGAAGUUGUGUUACAUCUGGCGUCACGUUGCGACCCGCGUGGCAGCGAUGCCACCGGGGGCAAAGGGAAAGCGAAGCAGCAGCGAGCCAAUACCCUGCAUUAGCAACGCGGGGAAGGGAAUAACUUCAUGUACAGCGAUUUUUUUUAAAAAAUGAGAACUGCAGUUGCCAAUAUGAUGUCUCCGUUGUUUUUUGGUUUUUAUGGGGGAAAAUAAUUCGCUCUUAAAACUGAGAGGCACUGCUGGAAACAGGACUUAAGCGGGAGCUAGCUGCAGGGCCUGUUGCAGGAGGUGCGUUUUGUUUUUAUGCUGUGGUGUGCAUGGUUUACAGAGACUAGUUGCAUUUUCUUUGUGUAUACUGUUUAUUGUAUAUAGGGGAUGUAUGAAUAUAAGGAUACCGUUUUGUCAUAAUCAUAUCAAUUCUACUGAUUUCCACUGUAGACGCUGUCUUAUUGUGUAGAUUUACAAGCCGAUCCACUGACUUUGAUUGUGUAAUUUAACGAUAGAACAGAUAAAUAAAAUUUAACUACAGUCUUCUGA